CUGUCCACUUUACCAAGCAAAGGGAACUUGUGUCAAGCUGGUUUCAACCCGGUGGUUCUCCCUGCAGGCGGCUUUGUAGAACUUUUUCGUUGAUUUGUUGUUCUUCGGACAAUUUGAUCGGAGAUACGAAAAAUGGCUUACGCAUCUCGCAUCAUCAAUCAUUCCAAAAAGUUAAGAAAUGCUCCCAAUUUUCUGUGGCAUGACUAUGCUAUUUUGACUCGGUGCCUUUCGAAGGAUGCUCAGCCAUCUUUUGGUAAAAGAGAUGAUAUUUGGAGGAUUUGCCGUCAUUGUUAUGCUCCUUCAGAAAGAGAGACUGUUUCCAGGUCUGCCACUAAUGGCACGAUAACAGUGUUUGAUAUACAGAAGCGAAAUAUCUCAUUGACCACAAUGCAAACGAGAAAUCCGAUUGCAGGACUGGCUUUCAAUCAACGGUUUUCAUGUUCACAGGUAUACAUGCGGAGAAGUUUUUCAUCUGAUUCAGGCCUUCCUUCACACCAAGAGAUUGGAAUGCCUUCUCUGUCACCUACAAUGACAGAGGGUAAUAUUGCGAGGUGGUUGAAGAAAGAGGGUGAUAAAGUUUCUCCUGGUGAAGUGCUUUGUGAAGUUGAAACGGAUAAAGCAACAGUUGAGAUGGAAUGCAUGGAAGAAGGCUAUCUAGCUAAGAUUAUACAUGGAGAUGGAUCAAAAGAAAUUAAAGUUGGUGAGGUGAUUGCUAUAACUGUUGAAGAUGAGGAGAAUAUUGCAAAAUUUAAAGAGUACAAACCUUCGGCAUCAGAUGCAGCUGCUGCUGCUGUUAAAGAGUCAUCUCCCCCAGCUCCACCAAAAAAAGAGGUAGCUGAACAACCAGUCAGUUCUUCCGAGCAGAAGACAUCCAAGCCGACUACUGCUCCACCUACCAAAGAUCGUAUUUUUUCUAGCCCUCUUGCUAGAAAAUUGGCUGAAGAACAUAAUGUACCUCUCUCAAGCAUUAAAGGAACUGGUCCAGAUGGACACAUUGUGAAGGCGGAUAUUGAAGAUUACUUGGCCUCUCGUGGGAAGGAAGCUUUGGCGACAGCUCCUAUGGCUAAGGCUGCUACACCUGCAGCAUUAGACUAUACCGACAUCCCUCAUUCUCAAAUAAGGAAGGUCACAGCUUCGCGCUUAUUAUUCUCUAAGCAAACUAUUCCCCAUUAUUAUCUCACGGUAGACACUUGUGUCGACAAACUCCUGGAUUUGCGGAGCCAACUAAAUCAAUUACAAGAAGAAUCUGGCGGAAAGCGUAUAUCAGUUAAUGAUCUUGUUAUUAAGGCCGUUGCUUUGGCUCUUCGUAAAGUUCCUCAAUGCAAUAGUUCAUGGACAGAUGAGUACAUCCGCCAGCAUCACAACAUAAACAUAAAUGUUGCAGUUCAGACAGAUAAUGGACUCUUUGUUCCAGUCAUCAGGGAUGCAGACAAGAAAGGUCUAUCCAGGAUAGCUGAAGAGGUCAAACAAUUAGCACAGAAAGCCAAAGAGAACAGCUUAAAACCAGAUGAUUAUGAGGGAGGUACAUUUACAGUGUCAAAUUUGGGCGGUCCCUUUGGUAUCAAGCAAUUUUGUGCCAUCAUUAACCCUCCUCAGUCAGGCAUUCUUGCAAUUGGGUCUGCCGAGAAAAGGGCUGUACCUGGUUCGGGCCCUGAACAAUUCAACUUCGCUUCCUUCAUGUCUGUAACAAUGAGCUGUGAUCAUCGUGUUAUUGAUGGUGCAGUUGGUGCGGAAUGGCUGAAAGCAUUCAAGGGCUACAUCGAGAAUCCCGAGUCGAUGUUGCUGUAAAAUGACGGGCUUGCUUAUUUCUCUUCAUAUAGUUAUCUUUCUCGCCCCAAUCAAUCAAGAAGAGGGACUCGACUGCUGUUCAGCAAUUCGAAUUGAACUAGCGAUAUUUUACAACUGGGCAGGUUUCUUCCCGUCUGUAGUGUUAACUCACUGAAAUAAGAUUAUUUUGGGAAUAAAGACUAAAGAGUGGUUGGUCAGGCAUGAGUGAUGCACUGAAUUUUGUAUACAGGUUUCCCAUUAUAUUCUGAGUGGGGAUAUGAAUCUUGGCAUUGUUGCA